AUGUGGAGGACUAUGCAUGGCAGAGGCGAGGACGCGCAGGUCGGCGGCAAGGCGACGCGGCACCCUUUAACGCCAGGCAACCCUACCGUGUCACUGGUGCCUGGGGCCGGCGCUGACGGCGAUGCUCCGCCGUCGGGCAGCGAUCGAGGGGCAGAUCCGUACACGGGAAGCUUGGAAGAGCUGGUCCGGCUGCUGCGCAUCUACGCCGCGCACCGUGGCGUGCGGGUGAAUCACACGUACGACACACUUCCGGCGGGCAUCGCUGCAGCUGCAGGCCUCACGGACAGUGGCAACAACUCACAGAGAGAUGCGGGAGCCAGAGUCGCUGGUCUGCAGCUUCCCGGGGUGGAGCUGCUGCAUGGGCUGUACGGCGACGGCGGUGAGGCAGGUGGUCACCUCUCCGCCAACUGGGUCUUGGAUGAGCCUGAGAUGAUCACGGCGGAGCAGGAGACGUACGUAGAGCGGUACCUGGUUCCCACACAGGCCGAGGUGGAGCUCACGCCACUGCGCGUCAUCUCAUCUUAUUAUAGCAUGCAGGGAAGCCGCAGCCUCCACCGCAUGGCUGCGGACACGGAGAAGGCGAUGAACGGUGACGGCUACGCGAAAUAUAUCCAACGCUCACGUACGUUCUACGACGUCUCGCACGCAGCACGUCGCGGCUACGGCCAGGAGGGUAGCAUCUUUGUUGCCGUUCCUUUUACGCUCACUGAUAUCACGGCUGCAAUGGUGGACACAAUCCGUCGUCGAGCGUCCACCGUGGAGACUUCGUCGCAGGCCCAGCAGCCCGCCUCGAGCUCGCCGCUGGAGGCAAGGGACGACGGCUUCCAUGAGUUGCGGUUCACAGCCGCGCGCUGCGCCAUGACGGUGGAGUCACUUUUCCGCCAAGCCCACCGCGGCGUCGCGGUGACGGUCGGGACGCUUGAUGUGGUCACCGUGAGCGGUGUCUCCUCGGCGGCGGAGCUCGAUUUCUCAAAGCCUUCCAACGUGACCUUUCCCCUUCGCGCAGAGGACAGAGCCGGUCUUCCGCACACGCGGCGCUACAGCCGCAUCACCUGCGAGCCCCCCGACUUUGCCAGCGGCUGGGACGACGCCAGCUACGGAUUUCGCUGGAAGGACAACCUGCGCCGCCGCCGCGUGGUGGUGCCCCUGACACAGCUGGACGCCGCGUCCGCGGCUCAAGCGGAUCUGCCACAUGUCGACGGCGCAGCGGCGGCACUGGAGAGGUAUUUUGCCUUUCCCUACGUGGGGAACUACGCCACGCUGCAGCUCUAUCGGGGCGAAUCGUACGUGUUCUUCCUGCGCACUGGCUCUCUGGCUCUCCCAAACUGGGACCUGAAACUUCGCCUACUGUACCUGCGCACCCCGGCCCGGAAUCGUGCGGUGCUGAGUAGCCGCCCAACACCACGCGUGGCAUGGACGGCGCUCGCGGCCUCCGUCGCAAAGAUGUGGGACACAGAACCGUUCCUGCGGCUGUCGCUGGCGACGGCGUCGCGGCAGCGCAACGGCGAGGACGCGACGGGCGACGACAUGGCCGUCGUCGCCACCGCGCCACCUCCUGACAAGAUGGGCAGCCGUCUUUUGGCCGCGCUACCGGCGGACGUGUCGUCGUGGCUGAUCGCGGCGCGGACGGAAGCGGAGCUUGUGCUGUGGCUGGUGACGCCGAGCUGGCUGUGGCCCACAAUGGUAGAAACUCUGGCAGCUGUGCGCCAGCUCGCCGCUUCGCCGGAUUCACCGCCACCAGCGACCGCGUCCUCUGCACUGCGUCUGCUGUUCGCCAGCGAUGCCGUGCGUGGCGUUCUCGGCGACGGGCUGUCGACUCUGAUGCAGGCGGACUUGAAUACUGUCCAGGUGGACCCCGUGAGGCGCUCUGAAGGCGCCGCUGCCGCGGCAGCAUCCCCGCGUGGGCAACGCGUCGUGAAUCUGCGCGGUGGCAAGAGCCCUACAACGAACAACACAUCACAGGCUGUUCUGUCUGCCAGCCUCACAGCCUCUGAGGUAUACGAGCUGUUGUUCCUGGCCGAGAAGCGGCCGCCGAUGCAGGAGCAGCCGGUCGUCCGCAUGCCGCAAUCAGAGUCGACGAUAAAGUGGGUGCCGUCUAGCGACUCGGGCGCUGCGGCCGAGCGACUCUGUGGGGAGGCGACGUCCGAGGCACCGUACUACUCGGUUGCCGACAAGGCACUGCUGAAGCGCUCCUUCGAGUACUGCUGGCUGAAGAGGCACAGGAAGGCCGUGCGGCAGCGGCUGAACCGCCUCGUACACGCCACCACGGCAGCGACAGUGCUGAAGGCGACCCCAGGCACGAAGGCGUCUGCCGCCGGGGCGGCGGCGGCAGCGAAGUGCAGCAGAAAGAGAGGCUUCGUGGAGGCGGAGGUGGUGCCGCGCUCGAGCGUGUGCUUGGCGGACAUGCGCUACCUGGAGCCGAUGGAGACGACAUGGCUCGCGGGCGCCGGCGGAGGCACAUUGGGCGAUGGUGACAGCGCCGACCGAGAAUGGCACGCGGCCGAUCUGCGCUCGCCACGACAAGAGAAUUCCUGGUUUACGUCCGCGGUGAAUGCGGGCAAGGUUCACGGGGUGGCGACUGCUGCGUCGCUUGUCUCACAAGCCGCUGAUGGCACCGAAGAGCCGCAGCUGAACUCGCCGCGGUCACCGAAGGACGCGGCUUCGACCCCCGUUGAGCCGACGCCGUACGUGCUCCAGGCUGUUGCGUCGUCCGAUCUCCUGUUCGGCCCUGCAGAAGUCUUCUUUGAGUUCGAUACGGAGCACCAGCUGCGUACUGGAGCGCGCAGCCUCUCGGAGCAGCUCGCCGAGCGCCGCCUCCAUCGUCAAGGGCUAACAGCGACGGCUGCGCACGCACGUGUGCCCGAGGCCGUCGAACUUGAUCCCUCUCUGCAGUUUAUGGACAGCGACCUCGAGGAUGUGUACAUGACGCAAGCGCUCUGGACGCGAGGGUGGAACAUCUUUGGGCUGACGGAGCCGGUGGCCGUAGGCACCGGCGAGGAGGAGCUGUCCAGCUCCGCGUCUGCGACAGCGCCUACCUCAUCUUCCGCGAGAGAUGAUGGACCAUGCACAGUCGACGAGGCGGCCGACGGCGUGCCGUCCGAGCUGAGUAACGCGCGCACCUUCACACAGGACAAGUUCUGGGCUUUGGUGAUGGCCCACCGCGAUGCGGGUACGCUGCUUGGUGCCACUGCCGCGAGGAACCACUCAUCUACGCCGCCGGGGAGCUCGCCGCCGCUCUAUCCCUUACGUAGAACUAUGAAGGAGUGGGAGCUGUUCGCUGACAUGCAGUUGACAACCCUCCGUGACGCGCUGCGCUCGCCGUAA